CAGGAAAGUCCACCGCACCAUUCCCCAUUCUCUCCCCUCUCUCUCUUUCUACACACACCUCAUUUACUCUGUUUCUAUCUUCGCUUCUCCAUCGCAACCAUGUCGUGGCAAUCAUACAUAGACGACCACUUGAUGGCCGAUAUUGACGGCUGCCACCUCACUUCCUCCGCCAUCGUCGGCCACGACAGCAGCAUCUGGGCCCAGAGCUCCAACUUCCCACAGUUCAAGCACGAGGAGGUAGCAGCUAUCAUGAAUGACUUUGAUAAUCCCGGUUCACUGGCUCCUACUGGAUUGUACAUUGGGGGAACUAAAUACAUGGUGAUUCAAGGCGAGCCUAAUGCAGUUAUCCGAGGGAAGAAGGGAUCUGGUGGUGCUACCAUCAAAAAGACCAAUUUGGCCUUGAUCAUUGGUAUAUAUGACGAGCCAAUGACUCCGGGGCAGUGCAACAUGGUUGUGGAGAAGAUUGGUGACUAUCUUAUUGAACAGGGUCUCUAAUUGUCACGAAAUGCUUUUCAGCGCAGCGUUGUCGUCAUCUUGUACACGGUAUUCUGAAGUUGUGGGUGCUGUUAGUUGUGACAGAAAUGAUUUUGGUGUUUCAAAUUUGAUAGAUGGCAUCUCUGCCUAAAUUUAAAAAGGGGUUUGUCUUUGAAUUCUCUGGUUAUGAAAACUGCUAUGUUUCCAUGCAAGUAAAUGGAGUAUGUAUUUUUGGUUGGUUCUUCCAAUGGAUGGUCGAUUUUUAUAAACGUCUUUGCAAAUACAGAGUUGGCUUUCAUUGUGUUC